GCCGCUGAUUGCCCUGGUUUGACAAACAUAGUUAGAGUGAGUGGUAGGUGACCAUGGUUAUAUGCUUGCCAUGGUUCCCAUCCAUACAGUAUAUCAGUCCCAGUCACGCUUCCUUCUCCUCCUCCAUUCUUUCUUUCGAUAUCCUCUUAAUACCUCUUUGAUAGAACAUGGCCAUGGACGCCUUCACACGGGCGCACGUGCUCGACCAGGCACAGGCACGGGCACGCUUUCGCAUCCCUGCUAGCGCAUCCGGCUCCGAAUCCGACAACGUUCGCAACUGCAACAACACCGUCCACGAAAGGAGAUUGAGGGACGAGGAAGAAGAGGAGAGCCCGCGCAUAAGUCGCAACGAGCAGAAGCGUCGACUGAAAAAGCAGCGAAGGGAAGAACAGAAGCAAAGACAACAAGCCGAGCUCGCCCUCAUUCCCACGAUCUCCACCACCACCACCCUUCUCGACCCUCGUCCUCCGUCUCCCAAGGAUCGCAACCCUCCCAACAUCCUCCCCAAAAACUCCAAAGUCUCCCUCUCCGUCUCCGCCGCCAUGCCCCCACCAUCAACCUAUCACCCCCUCCUCGUCUGCUCCAUAGGCAACCCCGGCCCCCAAUACGCCUCCACCCUCCACUCGGCCGGCCACACCAUCCUCUCCACCAUCCGCGAGCGCGGCCUCUACCAGCCCUUCGCCUCGGGCCUCUCGGGCAAAGUCGCCCGCCCAGACACCACCACCUUCCGCUUCUCCAUCACGGGCUUCAGCAAGGAGAAGGCACAGGGUCUGGCUCCGGGCGAGGACGACUUCACGCUGUGGCAGAGCACAAAGUUGAUGAAUGUCAGUGGGCCCAGCGUGGCCGCUGCGUGGAGACAGUUUGCCGGCCAGGGUCGCUUUCAGGCCGAGGGGCAGACUCCGAGAUUGGUCGUCGUGCAUGACGAGCUGGAGUCUCCGCUAGGGAAAGUUUCGAUAAAAGACGGAGCAAGCAGUCCGAGGGGUCAUAAUGGGUUGAAGAGCGUGCAGGCCAGCUUGGGAACUAGGGUCAAGUGGUGGAGGGUAGGGGUGGGGAUUGGACGACCGGAGAGUAGGGAACCGAGUGUCGUGAGCAAAUAUGUGCUGAGGAAAAUGACCGACAGGGAGGAGAGGGCCAUGGAUGCCGCGAGUUUGGGCGUCUUGGAGGCCUUGAGGAAGAUUGCAGACGGGAAGGCCUAAGUCUGCUACCACGGUUGGGGCGAGCAAAAAAAAAAAAGAAUCUUGUUGUAUGAUACUGUAUGUCUAUGGGUUGGAUAUUACGACCCCUUGCUCAGGGCAUCGCAUGUCGAGGAGUUGUUUGGCAUUGUUUUUGAGAUACCCACAAAGCUUAUGCAUCUGGAUGGGGUGGAUUUCGGGUCGUGGUUCAUUGGAUCUAGAUGAUGCCAGAUAGAUUGGUCGUCCUCAAUUACCAUUCAAACCUCAUU